UUUGAGCUUUCGAAAGAGACUUCUGCUUAGUCUGCCUGCGUGGAGCAACUCAAACGAAAAAACAAAUCUCAAACUGUUACCUCUGUCGGUGGGAGAUAGAAGGCAACGUCGCUUUCCUGAGAGGGAAUAUAUCAGCUUCGGACGUCCGACAGAUGACUGAGAAUGAAGGCUUUCGCUGUGGGUAGACUGGAGCUAAGCUAACUAAUUAAUGAACGCUAGCAAAGCGCAAUGUUUGUUAGCUCCCCCCAGCUAUGCCACGAAAACGGACCAGAAUAAGUUACGGGACGAGUGGGGCUUUCGACUGUUCUCCAUCGCGCAAGUGUGUCAGAUUAAAACGGUUCAAGCUGUUAUUCAGCCAAACGUGUUAGUUUUCUUGUACAAACGUUGUGUUGCGGAACGAUGAUGAAGAAGCAACCGCAGGCUAAAGUAGCUUAGCUGUUUGGCUCGCCGUUAGGACUUUCCGGAAGCUUUUGUUUUGACUCUACAGGUGGGGACAGGCCGACGGACGGAGAGAACUGCGCAUGUGCGUGGGCUCCAGCAGCACACUUCGCUCGCUUUGAUUUGUGUAAUCUGUCUGUAGUGAAAAGCAGCAGCAGCUUCUUUUCCUCAUCCGCACCGACUGGUCCGGUGUAUGUAUCUGCAAGACUGCUGGCCCAGGAAGGAUUCAGAACUAUACGUGUGCUGUGCAUUCCUUCAGACAGUUUAAUAACUCCCAGAGGGUUCAUCUCAGUGAAACUGUGAUUUUUUUUAGUGAUGGCAGCCAGCACCAGAACAUUUGAAGACGUUAAAAAAAGUGUCUUAUCAUGUCACAGUGACAGCUCAGCAGAAGAGAAGGCCACCUUCUACAACAGCUGGGCUAGAAACUAUGAGCAGGAUGUGGCUGUCCUGGAGUUCCGGGCACCAAGUCAAGCAGGAGACAUGGUCUCCUCCCAUUUCCCCGGUGACCGUGAGGCUGCUGUGGUUUUGGAUGUGGCCUGUGGUACUGGAUUGGUGGCCAAACAGAUGAAAAAGCAUGGAUUUGCACGUUUUUUUGGCACUGAUGGAAGCACUGGUAUGUUGGAGCUGGCCAAAGAGACGGGGCUCUACCAGGACCUAAGCCAGUGCAUGCUAGGAAAAGAGUCCCUUCCUGUCAAGUGGGGUCAGUUUGAUGUGGUUGUUAUCUGCGGAGCGCUGAGUGUUGGUCAAGUUCCCGUUCGUGUGGUUAGGGAGCUCUGCAGGGCCACCAAACCAGGUGGCUACAUCUGUAUGACAGUCAGGAGCAACCAAUCAAAUCUGGAAUACAAAGCGGCUUUGGAUUCAGAGCUCAGGCAGAUGGAGGAGGAGGGACUUUGGGAACGUGUCAAAGUCACUGAGGUGGAGAAUUGGGAGAGGGGAGUGUCAGCACAGGAGGAGGGGUACAUAUCUGGUUGUGUUUACCUCUACAGGUCAUUGCCACCGGUUUAAAGCUGUGUAGCUUGACAGACAUGCAGUGUGCAUGUCCAAGUCAAAACAGGAGGCCAAACUUUAUCCCAGUUUUAGGACUAUCAGAAUCGCAGUAUGUGUACAUCUGUUAUGGUAAAAUAAGGAAUUGGGAGAGGUACUCAGCUUUUUUGGAAAUCUGUUUAAAAGUCUGCAGAUUUACUGUAUAAUGUGAGUUUGUAAUCACUAGUAGCACUAUUUCUGUAGAGCUCAAACAAUUUUACAGCAUGCUUCGCAAUGGAGACAAAAAUAUAUGAAAAAGGCAAUAGAUUUUACACGUACGACAGUAGCAAAAAUUAGUGAAACAAACACAUUAAUGGAUGCCGGCCUGAUUUUAAUAAAU